AUGCUAGAAAGCAAUCAUGGUUUGACUAAACCGAUCGCUUUUACCAAAAAUGGGAAGGAGAAAUACAAAACUUGAUGUGGAGGGCUGGCCACAAUACUAAUUUUCUGAGCAAUGGUGGGCUACACAGUCGUAUUACUCACCAACUCUUUUGUUAAAGAAACUACUUCUACUGCAAUGACACCUGCAACUGGCACUUUAGAUUGAAGCAGCUCUGGAGGAGGCGAUGACGGAACUACUUACGGUCCACACACCUAUGUUUGCGAUACUAAGACUACAUGUCCUGAACACAGCGAGGAAUUAUGAACCCCUGUUACAGGAGAGGUCACAGCAAGCGAUACUCUGCCAUUUCUUCAAUAUAAUAAAGAGACAACUUUAAAGAUGUAUAGUUCUGUAUAUAAUAGCACAGAGGUUCAUUACCCUUUUAUGUAUGGAUUCAACAUCGCAUUUGGGUGGAGAGGAAACAUAAUAGACCCUGGUUCAUUUUCAGUAGGAGGUUUAGUAAACUAUUCAGAAGAUGGAGGAUCAACAUUAGGAUCGACAGUACUCAGCAUGGUUUCUUGUACAACAGAUAUGUUCCCAGCUGAACUUGCUGACCAACUUACUUUGAUAGGAAUAGAGACUUAUGCUUGCAUUGAUCCUUCUCAUUAUGCAACAUUAGCUUUGCAUCAGAAUAUGCAAGGAUCUAAUUAUUCUAUCCUCUCCUUUGAUCUCUUUAAGUGCUCUUCCGAUUGAGUAGACACCACUAUUUAUGGCACAAUGUUUGAUGUACUGAUGAUCGAUGGUGAAUUCGACAUUAAUGAUGGUGAUGGUAACGUUAAAUAUUCGAUAAACCAAGAAUCAGAAGUAAUUUUAGAUCCUUCUGCAGUAUCUUAUCUUGACUUGUACCUUGAUAAGCACCUAUAUUUCCACCCAGUUACUUCCAGUAUUAGUAGUUUCUAUAAAUCUCAUAAAGAAGGAGAAGGAUAUCAGUAUUAUUAUUCAAAUUCUCUACUGCAUAUUGAUGUUCAUCUAGGAGAUAUGCAGUAUUUUCAUUCGACUAUUCUUGAGCUACAGCCUCAAGUGACAACUCACACAGUAAGUGUUGGUGAUUCCUUGGCUGAAGGAGAGACCAUGCAGGACUGCAGAUGGAUAGUCUAAUUUUUACAGAUAAAAAUACUAUCUUGUUCACAAAACCUCUCAAACAUAUUGGAACUGACUUA